GCAGCAAAGGCGUCGUGCACGUACCCGCGCGCGGCCAGGGAGCUCUUGCUGAGAGCGCUGCUGUCGUUGGUGCUCUGCACUGCCUCAGCCCGACGUUCGCGGCUGCGCGAGCCCAUGGUCAGGGGACUCAGGAGCGGCGGUCCGUCGGGGUGGUGAGCUGCCCUCUGGUCCGGUAGUAUCCUGUACCCGCGAGUACAGCUCGCGGACUCGGUUUCGCGGGAAGACUGACGGCUGCGGCUUUUUGUGGACACGUGGACUGUGUCGGGGAAGCGCGGAUUGUCACUUUUCUACAAGCCUUCCUGGCUGAAACGAAAAUUUUUCUUAAGUUUUCAUAAGCUGACUCAACUGUUGACAAAAAGCUUUCAGAGGUGAAACUGAGCCCAGAACUAGGAUACUGUUUAUCUUAUCAAAACGGGUGGAAGUAACGCAGUCUGAAGGAAGUUCAAGGCCACCAAACUUACUGACUGAACUACAUUUAGUAUUCAUGUCAAGAAUAAGUGGCUGGGGAAAGACCUUGCUAUUCUGCUAAAUCAUGAUGGAGGCAGAAGAACAGCCAUGGAAGACAACCUUUUACUCAAAAUUACCUAAAGUGGAACUUCAUGCCCACUUGAAUGGAUCUAUUAGUUCCAAUACCAUAAAGAAGUUAAUAGCCAAGAAACCAGAUCUUAAAAUCCACGAUCAGAUGACUAUGAUUGACAAGGGAAAGAGAAGAACUUUAGAAGAAUGCCUCCAGAUAUUUCAAAUUAUUCAUCUACUUACUACUAGCCCUGAAGAUGUUUUAAUGGUGACAAAAGAUGUCAUUAAAGAAUUUGCAGAUGAUGGUGUCAAGUAUCUGGAACUAAGGAGCACACCCAGAGAAGAAAACGCUACAGGAAUGACUAAAAAGACUUAUGUGGAAUCUAUACUUGAAGGUAUAAAACAGUCCAAAGAAGAAAAUGUAGACAUUGAUGUUAGGUAUUUGAUAUCAAUUGACAGACGAGGUGGCCCUUCAGUAGCCAAGGAGGCCGUUAAACUUGCUGAAGAGUUCUUCCUUUCUACAGAGGAUACAGUUCUUGGCCUUGACCUCAGUGGAGACCCUGCAGCAGGACAAGCAAAAGACUUCUUGGAACCUCUUUUAGAAGCUAAAAAAUCUGGUCUGAAGUUGGCACUGCAUAUUUCAGAGAUUCCAAACCAAAAAACGGAAACACAAGUACUCCUGAACCUAUUUCCUGACCGAAUUGGGCAUGGGACAUUUCUCAACUCCUCCGAGGAAGGAUCCCCAGAUCUGGUGGACUUUGUGAGGCAACACCAGAUACCGCUCGAACUCUGUUUGACCUCGAACGUCAAAAGUCAGACAGUUCCAUCUUACGACCAGCAUCACUUUGGAUUCUGGUACAGCAUUGCCCAUCCUGCUGUGAUCUGUACUGAUGAUAAGGGUGUUUUUGCCACACACCUUUCUCAAGAGUACCAGCUGGCGGCUGAAACAUUUCAUCUGACCCAGUCUCAGGUGUGGGAUCUGUCUUACCAAUCCAUCAGCUACAUCUUUGCUUCUGACAGCACCAAGGCUGACCUGAAGAAGAAGUGGAGUCAUCUGAAGCCCCAUUUUUAAGCUGUAAUGAGGUGAACUACUUUUGAGUAUAUAUUACAACCCAGAUCUUGCCGCCACAUCCCACUUAGUAAGCCUCUGCUCCCUUGGAACCAUAGCAGCCAAGUGCUGCGGACUCUGACACCAGCGCCUUUCCAAUGGUGGGUGCUCAGUAAGUCCGUCCUAAGCUGCCUGAAGGCUCUGAGGUUGUCUGACUUACCUCCAUGCUGCUUUCAGGAAGGGACCUGAAUGCUGCUGCACACUGGGCUCCCCAUUCUAGCAGUGGUUUUGUCUUAACAGUCCCUCUUCACUAGAGAUCAUGAAACUUCAAGAAAAUCAAAGUAGGUUCUCAUCAGGAAAAGUUUUGGAAUUGCUAGUCUAAAUAAAUUGAGGAGAGAAGGGAAUACAGAUUGUUACCAAAAGCUUUAA